CAGCUAAUAGCUUGAAAUAAUGCGGUUGCUGCUAGACGGUGACUAUUAUCGACAAGGAAACGCUUAAUUACUUCAUCAGGCUUUUCUGACGGACUGAAAUCAUCACGAGAUCAUAGUGCAUCUAAAAUGAGUCUCAGUGAGGAGAUGGAGCAGGACACUUCCUAUGACAUGAGUUUCUGUGGGAAGACAGAGGAGCGAGGUGCUGUUCAGAUACAGGGAGCAGCAUCUUCAGGGUCAUCUUCAGAACCCAGCUGUGUGUCUAUGAAGAGUAAUGACUCCAUGAUCCUGCCACCUGUUUUUAGUGAUGGAGUAGUGACCUCUGACCUCAGGUUUGAGAAACAGGCUCUAGAACCCAGCUGUGUGUCUAUGAAAAGUAGUAACUCCAUGAUCCUGCCCCCUGUUUUUAGUGAUGGAGUAGUGACCUCUGAUCUCAAUGUCGUGAGGGAAGAACUGAUCCAGGUUCAGUCCAGAUGUGGAGUUUGUGAGCAGGUUAUGAGAGAUCCGGUCUCUAUCACCUGUGGACACAUUUUCUGUAGACAGUGUAUCAGCUGCUACUGGGAUCAGACCAGUCCAAUAGAAGACUUUAACUGUCCUCAAUGCAGAAAGAGAUCUAGAACACGUCCUUUUCUACACACACAGAAAGAAAUGAGAGGAUCCAUUUCUGCUGGUUCUGUUCACUUCUACACAGAAUCAGAUCUGCAGCAGGAUUCUCAACAACCAGUAGAUGAUGUUCUUCAGAGAGUCAAAGAUCAACACAAAACCAGCAUGAAGAACAAGUCUGAGAGCUUAUUUGAGGGAAUAAAACUGCUUGAGAAUCAAACGCUCUUGAACAGGAUUUACACACAGCUCUACAUCAUAGAGGGAGAGAGUGAAGGGGUGAAUGAAGAACAUGAGGUUUUACACAUGGAGAAAACAGCCAGAACUCAACACCAUCAAGACACUCCAAUCUACUGCAAUGACAUCUUUAAACCUGAAGCAGGAUGUGAGGAGAAGAGAAAAGACCAAAUAAAGACUGUUCUUACUAAAGGCAUCGCUGGAAUUGGGAAAACAGUUUCUGUGCAGAAGUUCAUUCUUGACUGGGCCGAGGGAAAAGCCAAUCAGGAUGUAGAUUUUAUGUUUGUGUUUCCAUUUCGAGAGCUGAACUUGAUUAAAGAUGAGCAGUACAGUCUUUACAAACUUCUGCUGGACUUUCAUCCUGAACUUCAUGAUCUGGACCCAAAGAUUUAUGAUGAGUGUAAAGUUGUGUUCAUCUUUGACGGUCUGGAUGAAUGCAGAAUUCCACUGAUGUUUUCAGACCAUGAGAAAGUUCCUGAUGUGACUGAGACUUCAUCAGUGGGUGUGUUGAUGUCAAACCUCAUCAAAGGAGAUCUGCUUCCCUCUGCUCUCAUCUGGAUUACCUCCAGACCAGCAGCAGCCAAUCAGAUCCCCAACAAAUAUAUCAAGCGCGUGACAGAGAUUCAGGGAUUCAAUGACCCUCAGAAGGAGGAAUAUUUCAGGAAGAGAAUCAGUGAUGAGCAUCAAGCCAGCAGAAUCAUCUCACACAUUAGAAAAGCAAGAAGCCUCCACAUUAUGUGCCACAUACCAGUCUUCUGCUGGAUCUCAUCCACUGUGCUUCAAAACAUCCUGAAACAAGAUGACAGUGCAGAAAUCCCUCAAACUCUGACUGAAAUGUACAUCCACUUCCUGCUCAUUCAGAUCAAUAUGAGGAAUCAGAAGUAUGAAGAGAGAGAUCCAGAGAAACUCUUGCAGUCCAACAGAGAAGUGAUUGUGAAACUUGCUGAACUUGCUUUCAAACAGCUGAUGAAGGGCAAUGUUAUGUUCUAUGAGGAGGACCUGAGAGAGAGCGGCAUAGAUGUCACUGAUGCCUCAGUGCAUUUUGGGAUCUGCACUGAGAUCUUUAAGGAGGAAUCUGUGAUUCAUCAGAGGAAAGUCUACAGCUUCAUACAUCUCAGCUUUCAGGAGUUUCUGGCUGCUUUCCAUGUUUUUCACUGCUAUUUACUCAAGAACAGUGAGGUUCUGAAUAUGUUCUUGAAAGGAAAGGCCAGAACUCUGAGUGGGGAUGUUCCUCUGUAUGGAUUUCUUCUAGGAGCAGUUAAAAAAGCUCUGAGCAGUAAAGAUGGACGCCUGGACCUUUUCCUGCGAUUCCUGCUGGGCAUCUCUCUGGAGUCCAAUCAGAGACUCUUACAGGAUCUACUGACUCACACAGAGAACAGCUCAGAGAGCAUAGAGAAUGUGACUCAAAGCCUCAAACAAUUAAAAAACAAAAACAAUGUAAAUCCUGAAAGAUGGAUUAAUCUCUCAAACUGCUUACUUGAAAUGAAGGACAAUGCUGCUGUUGAAGAAAUUCAGGCUUUUCUAAAAUCUCCAAGUAACAAAAAACUUACUCUUGCACAAUGCUCAACUUUUGCAAAUAUAAUCCUGAUGUCAGAGGUGCUGGAUGAGUUUGACCUUAAGAAGUAUAACAUAAAAUCAAGCAGUGGUCGACAGAGGCUAUUACCUGCAGUGAGGAACUGCAGAAAAGCUCUAUUGCCAAGCUGUGACCUGAAUGAUAAGUCCUGUGAAAGUUUGGUUUUAGUUCUGCUAUCAUCAAGUUCUGUCCUGAGAGAGCUGGAUCUGAGUAACAAUGACCUGCAGGACUCAGGAGUGAAGCUGCUCUCUGAUGGACUAAAGAGUACAAACUGUCAACUACAAAUACUGAGAUUAUCAGGCUGUAUGGUGACAGAGGUUGGAUGUGGUUAUCUGGCUUCAGCACUGAGUUCAAACCCCUCGCACCUGAAAGAGCUGGAUCUGAGCUACAAUCAUCCAGGAGAAUCAGGAGUCAAAUUGCUGUAUGAGAGACUCAAUGAUCCAAACUGUAUUCUGGACAAACUCAACUUGGAUCAUGGGGGAAAGAUCAGGAUUAUACCAGGACCACAAAAAUAUUUCUGUGAUCUCACGCUGGAUCCCAAUACCGCAAACGUUUUCCUCUUACUGUCUGAGAGGAACAGAAAGGUGACAUAUGUGAGAGAGUGUCAGUCAUAUCCUGAUCAUCCAGAGAGAUUUGAUAAAUUACAACAGGUUCUGUGUAGAGAGCGUCUUUCUGGGCGCUGUUACUGGGAGAGUGAAUGGAGCGGAGAUGCUGAUAUAUCACUGGCAUAUAAAGGAAUCAACAGGAAAGCAGAUGGAGCCUCUGAGUUUGGAUGCAAUGAAAAGUCCUGGAGACUGAUUUGCUCUGAUAAUCGAUUCAUUGUGUCGCACAAAAAUAAGAACAUUAAAAUACGUGCCCCUUCAUGUCGCUCUAACAGAGUAGGAGUGUAUCUGGACUGGUCGGCUGGCACUCUGUCCUUCUACAGCGUCUCUGACACACACACUCUCACACACUUGCACACAUUCAACAACACAUUCACUGAACCCCUCUAUGCUGGAUUUGGUCUUUAUUUUCUCACCUCUGUGUCUCUGUGUCAGACUUCCCCGUGAGUCAACCACAAAUAGUAUGUACAUUCAGAUAUUUACCUAUAUUUGUUGUGACAAAGCUAACAUGCUGUUAUUCUACAAACUUGGAUUAGGGUUUUUCCAAAAUCCGUAAACCAAGACCAACAUUUCUAAUUGUAUCAUUCUACAGCUUUAAAAGCUACAUUUACCAAACUCAACACAGACCUUCAGACUUCUCUGACUUUUCUGACUGACUUAUGGUUUUUCCAUCUCUCACCUUCAUUGACCAAAAAUCCCAUACACUUACUUAGGCAUGUUUAAAUGAGCCAAGAGUGCUUCCUUACAGACAUGCAUGCAAAGCAUUAAGCCUCUUUUUCACUCUCUCACUGUCACUUUUUUCUUUUACACCUGUUUUCACAUUUUAGGCGGACUGUUUGAAAAGACAUGUAAACGUGGUCCAAAACGUUUUGAGAUUUGUCCACAUCAAUUACAUUUUAGAAGAGGUUGAAAAUUCAUGUGAUCACAUUGCGCUCAUAUGUAAAUUCUCAUCUGUUCAAAUACAGCAGCUAAGCUCCUAUCUCACUCACCUGUCAAUCAAGUGCUGCUCCGUUAAUACAGGUACUUCACUAAAAUAAUUGAGUUCUGCUUUAAACCAGUUUGUGCUUGGAUUAAAUGCAUGUAUAAUUAAGAGAAAGGGUGGGCUGGUUUUAGCUUUCUUUUUUGCACUUUAUUAUCAUGCAUUAAUACAUUUUAUGUAAUUAAUUAUGUUGUAACUAAAUCAGAGACCCUCCCCUGGAAAUCCUAACACAAGUGGUCAAAAGAUGUAUAUUAUGGGUCUCGUGGCACCAUGCGAGGGUCAGACGUUUUAUUGGCGAGCUCUGCGCACUUUGCUAGUUUUAAUACUUUCUAUGUCAUAAACCGUUGAGAUUCAAGAUACUCUGAUUCUUGACUGUUCUAGGAAGACAAUAUGAGGAAAAUUCAAAGUCCUCUGGCUCUGGAGACAUUAAAAGACAGUUACAUGCUGAAGCUGAUACCCCUGACAAGGCUGCAUACCAGGGAAUCAAUUUGGACAGUGCGGUGAAAGAGAUUCAGCAUCAACUGAUGAACAAGUUGACAUAAGCUUUCUUAGAAAAACCACAACAUUUUCUUGUUCCUAGACAUUGCGUAUUCAAUGAGAGAAACAUGAUCGAUUCAAGGAAUGCAAAGAACUCUUGCAUCAACGGAAGGUCUCUAUUGCAUUGAUGUUCCCAGCCAAAUUGAGAAUAGAUUUACAUUACAUUUUACAUUUGGCGCUUUUAUCCAAAGCGACUUACAGUGCACUUAUUACAGGGACAAUCCCCCCGGAGCAACCUGGAGUUAAGUGCCUUGCUCAAGGACACAAUGGUGGUGGCUGUGGGGAUCGAACCUACAACCUUCUGAUUACCAGUUCAGUGCUUUAGUCCACUACACCACCACCACUCCUAUAUAGAUGUCAAUGGAUGCCAAGGAUGGCCGCAAAAUAUUUACAUGCCCACAGCAAGCGAUGUCAUUCAUAAAGUCAAUGGAAUGAGUAAGUCAUUGUGUGAUGCUCUUGAUACAGCCGAGUGGGUCUGACUCACUGAACAUUCACUUGACUGUCCGAGUAACCUGUGCUGGUUGCACCUAGCGGCUGGAGUCUCCUUCGGGACAGUUUGUGGAUGAAUCUACACGUUCUUUGUGCUUAUGCCUCCUAUUGGUUGGAGUUUGUUCUGUGGAAUAUUUCUUGCAAGAUAUUGGCGUAAUUUGGGCAUCUGUUCCACUUGUGUAACAGCCAAGUGAGCUUGACUCACUGAACAUUAACUUGUCUGUACGAGGAAACUGGGCACCUUCUUUGUUUCUCUUAUUGUGCUGGUUGCGCCUAUUGGCUGGAGUUUGUUUUGUGGAGGAACACGCCUUCGGAACCGUUAUGUGGAUGAAUGUACAUGUUCUUUGUGCUAAUGCUUCCUAUUGCUGGAUAUUGUUUUAUAGAAUGUUUCUGUUGUGUAAUUAUGUCUCACAAAAUUUGUAUAGAAGCACCGGACUUAAGCGGGGUUGUCGUGGGGCUCUCGUAGGCAUAUAUGGACUGUUUGAGUUUAGAGGGAUGGACACCGAUUGGCGCAGUUGCACGUUUUUCUUUUUUCUGUUUGUUUUGCUUGGGGGGUCGGGGUUUGACUCUGGUGUACUAAUGUUGGAAUGUGGUUGUUAUAAUUUUAUUUUUGAUGUUCACCAUUUUUUCUAUAAUAUGUCAAAUGUUAAAGGUGGGGUAUGUGAUUUUCUUUUUUGACCAUUAUUUCAAAAUAACUUGAAAUCCUAUUCCUAACCCACUUACUGGCUGUAAAUUAGAAGCACUGAAAUGAAAAUUAAGCAAUUUAAUCAUCUGUGGAACGGGCAGGACUCGAAAAACUCCAGCCGAUCAUUUUCAAGACCAUCUAGAAUCAUUGGACAGAAAAUGUGUCAAUCAA